AUGGCGCGCUACAGCGUGUUGGGCGACAAUUUACUGUUAAAUGAGCUAACGUGGCCGGAGAUUGAAGCGAUAUAUUCUGUUCAAUCAGAGCCUGUCCCCAGACGCAACAUUGGGCAGCACGGAUUUGUAGAUGUUCCGAACAUGGACGAGUGGACGUUCAAAAGGAGCUUUAGAUUUGAAAAAAUGGAUUUAGAAGAUCUGGUGGCAGCUCUAAAAAUUCCAGCCGAGGUGAAAAGCGCCCAGCGAGUGAGGGUUCCGGGGUACGAGGCGCUGUGCAUGACCCUGCGAAGGCUGGCCUACCCCAAUCGCCUUUGCGAUUUAGAAAGAACGUUCGGUCGGCACAGCUCGGUCAUUUCGAGCGUAGUAAGCACUGUCAUGGCGCAUAUAGAAUACCAGUUUGGACAUCUGCUAUCAGACCUGACGAACCACAAGUGGCUUGACGUGCCCUGCCUCAAGAAGCUCUCCGAGGCGGUGCAUGCGAGAGGUGCGCCGUUAAAGAACUGCUGGGGCUUCAUCGACGGCACUGCCCGACAUAUCUGCCGGCCGUCGGUGGGGCAACAGGAGCAUUUCUCCGGACACAAGCGGCACCACGUGCAGAAAUAUCAAGCACUGAUGUCUGCCAACGGCAUCAUCUGCCAAUUAGAUGGCCCUUUUAAUGUGCCACGACAUGACGCAGGUAUCCUCAAAGACACCGCCCUUUAUGACAACUUCCAAGCCAUCAACCACGGUGAAAGAUACGUCAUCUACGGGGACCCAGCGUACCCACUGCGGCCUCUCCUUCUCAAGCCAUUUGGAGGCUCCCGCCUGCUGCCGCACGAAGCUCUCUUUAACAAGAGGAUGAGUACAGUCCGCCAGGCGGUCGAGUGGGGGUUUGGGAAGGUGGCCGCAGACUUUGCUUUUGUGGAUUUCCACAAGAACCAGAAAAUGUCGCGUCAAAGACUUGGGCGCAUGUAUAAGGUUGCCACCCUACUGUCAAAUUGUCACACAUGCCUAUACGGCAGUCAAGUGUCCAAUUUCUUUGAGGUCGAGGCACCCGCCCUUGAUGAUUACCUUGUGCCCCUUUCCCUUGAUUCGUAA